CGUUCUCUCGCAUUCUGAACUAAACAGUGCGAACCGCGCGACUAUGUUCGAUAUUGUUACGUUGUUUUCGGUAAAUAAACGUUAUAAUACAGGGUAAUACCUACAUAGAUUUUUUUUUAUACUCACAGAUCGCUCAUAAAUCACGUUUAUACAACUACACAAGACGGCAAACAAUUAUAUUUAUAGCCACACCACACGGGUAGUUAAAAAAAAAAUUAUUUUAGUUUUGUGGUCAGAAUCGAUUUUAAUCCAAUAAUUUUAAUAAAUUUGUUUAUGUAUACCUGAUGAAAAUGUGAUGCAGUUUUCAUUUUAUCAAAAGUAUUUUUUUAAAACAUGUCUGUUGGUUAUCCGCGAUGGACGAAAACUACAAUGGUUUGGUUUUUCGUAAUCGGUCUAACUUAUUCAGCAUCCAUAAAAAAAGACAUGACAUGUUAUGUAUGUACACCGAAUCAAAUUUCUGAUAAUACAGAAGCUUCAGAAAUCUCUAUUACGUUUUCAAAUUAUGACAUUGAAACUAUACCAACUUGUGGUUCAAACGCUGCAGUCAAUUUUACAUUAAAAUGUCCAGAAGGAUAUAAAGGAUGUCUAACUAAAACUUAUGGUCAAAAUAUACUGAAAUCUUGCAAUGAGUAUCCCAUUACUGACUGUAAAACAGCAAAUAAUGUGAAAUAUUGUUUUUGUGCUAAUACUUUAUGUAAUGAUGCAACAAUCAUAACUCCAGUUCCAAUUUCAACAGACGAUGAAGAUUUAGACCAAUCAUCAGAAGAUGGAAGUGGGUUAUUUGAUGAUUUGACGCAAUUAGAUAAACAUAAAUACUCCAAUAAAAUUAUUAACGCUACAGUAAUAUUAAAUACACCUAUGAAAAAUAAUUCAUUUACAAAGGCAUCAGCUGAUAAAUUAUUGCUGCCUAAAUGUAUUUAUAUUUUAAGUUUAAUAUUCAUAACCUAUAAAGCUGUAUAAUAUUAUAAGCCUUUUUAAAAUAGUCACAUACUUAUAACAUUGCAAAUAAUAGUGAUAUAUUUUAAUAAAAUCA